AGUGCCAGCCUCCGGGGUGUGCCAAGAGCCCCACUCCUCAGUGGUGGGAUCCAUUUGCCCCUCACUUCUGGAGUUCCAGGGUCAGCCUCCUGCUUCACGACUCAGGACAGGGCAGCAUGAGCAGGUCAAGGCACGUGGGCAAGAUCCGGAAACGUCUGGAAGAUGUCAAGAACCAGUGGGUCCGGCCGGCCAGGGCUGACUUCAGUGACAACGAGAGUGCCCGGCUGGCCACCGAUGCCCUACUGGAUGGGGGUCCUGAGGCCUACUGGCAGGCACUGAGCCAGGAAGGGGAGGUGGACUUCUUGUCCUCGGUGGAGACCCAGUACAUCCAGGCCCAGGCCAAGGAGCCCCCCUGUGCCUCAGACCCUGCAGGAGGGGCCGAGGCAGGCCCUAAGGACCUCGACUCCUGCUCCCUGCAGUCAGGCACCUACUUCCCGGUGGCCUCCGAGGGCAGCGAGUCAGCCCUGCUGCACUCCUGGGCCUCAGCCGAGAAGCCCUACCUGAAGGAGAAGUCAAGCGCCACCGUGUACUUCCAGACGGACAAGCACAGCAACAUCAGGGACCUCGUCCGCCGCUGCAUCGCCCGGACCAGCCAGGUCCUGGUCAUCCUCAUGGACGUGUUCACGGAUGUGGAGAUCUUCUGUGACAUUCUCGAGGCAGCCAACAAGCGCGGGGUGUUUGUCUGUGUGCUCCUGGACCAGGGAGGUGUGAAGCUCUUCCAGGAGAUGUGUGACAAACUCCAAAUCUCUGACAGUCACUUCAAGAACAUCUCCAUCCGGAGUGUGGAAGGAGAGGUAUAUUGUGCCAAAUCAGGCAGGAAAUUUGCCGGCCAGAUCCGGGAGAAGUUCAUUAUUUCGGACUGGAGAUUCGUCCUGUCUGGAUCAUACAGCUUCACUUGGCUCUGUGGACACGUGCACCGGAACAUCCUCUCAAAGUUCACGGGCCAGGCGGUGGAGCUGUUUGACGAGGAGUUCCGCCACCUCUACGCCUCCUCCAAGCCCGUCAUGGGCCUGAAGUCCCCCAGGCUGGUCACCCCCCUGCAGCCCACCGAAAGCCUAGGGGUCCCAAACGGCCACCUCAGUGGCAGCAGCUGCUCAGCCAGUGACCGCACGUCCUCCAACCCCUUCAGCAGCCCGUCCACGGGCAGCAACCCCCAGAACCUGUCCGUGUCCUCAGGGCCCAGCAGCCCCCUGGUCCCUAACCCAGCCCCGGCCCCCAGAUUCCAGCCGUAUGCUGGCCCGUGGGGAGCCCUGUCUGCGCAGGCCCACCUCCCUCCGAGGCCCCUGGAUGGCCCACUUGCUCCCUACUGCAACCUCAAUGCCUACCGGCCCACACGGCUGCAGCUGGAGCAGCUCGGCCUGGUGCCGCGGCCCAGCCAUGCCUGGAGGCCAUUUCUGCAGGUGUCACCUCAUUUCUGAAGGCCCCUCCGGCUGCCCUCCAAGCCAGGGCUGGGCAGUGCCCAAGUUCCUGGCCCACCUCGAUGACCACAGCUGCUGCCCUCGAACUGAAGGCGCUCAGUCAAAACCACUGCCUCUCAUGUUUCCCAGACCCAAGACCAUCCACUGGCCAACCCCGCAGCAGUCCCUGAGUUCCCUUCCCUAGUCUGGCCUGUGGAAAUACAUUCCAGAAAGUUCCAGGAAGGUGUAUGUGUGUGGGGGAGCAGCUAGAGGUCUUCUACAAAUCAUCCCGAGCUUGAAUACAAGUGGCCCCCCAAUCUGUAUGAUAUAGGAAGAAGCUGAUCCAGCCUGAAUCUUGUGAAAGAGUAGACGGAGGCACCGAGAGGUACAAAGUGGGUAGUACUUCCGUUUCUCAUUUCCCAGGAAGGGCCACUGCCCCAGGACUCAGGAAAGGAAGAUUCAAAGAAAGUGUGGAGACAGGGCCAGCCAGUGACAGGUGGUUAAGGCGGCUGAUCCCACAUGG